UCCAAUGGAGCAGAGAUUAGCGAACGCAUCGCAUCUAACCCUGAACCAGAAGAAGUUCAUCGAGACCGCUCUACUUGCGGACCUCCGAGCCGACGGCCGCCGCCCCUUCGAUUACCGUAACCUCACCGUCAAGUUCGGCAAAGACGAGGGCUCUGCGGAGGUGCAGCUGGGACAAACUCACGUAAUGGCCAUCGUCACUGCCCAGCUUGUCCAGCCCUACCGCGACAGGCCCAAUGAUGGCACUCUUUCCAUCUUCACCGAGUUCUCCCCAAUGGCCGACCCCUCCUUUGAGCCAGGCCGCCCUGGCGAGAAUGCCGUCGAGCUCGGCCGCGUAAUCGACCGCGGGCUUAGGGAAAGCCGAGCAGUUGAUACAGAAUCACUUUGUGUUCUUUCAGGGAAGUUAGUUUGGGCUAUCCGUGUUGAUCUCCAUAUUUUAGAUAAUGGAGGUAACCUUAUUGAUGCUGCUAACAUUGCGGCAUUAGCUGCUUUGUUGACGUUUCGGAGGCCUGAAAUCUCCUUGGGGGGAGAAGAUGGUCAGGAAGUGAUUGUACAUCCACCUGAGGAGAGGGAGCCUCUUCAUCUGAUCAUACAUCAUCUCCCUAUAGCAGUAACCUUUGCAUUCUUCAGUUAUGAGAGUAGUGUGGUGAUAGAUCCAACCCAUGAGGAAGAGGCUUUUAUGGGGGGGCGAAUGACUGCGACAAUUAAUGCAAAUGGAGAUGUUUGUGCUAUUCAAAAAGCUGGAGGGGAGGGUGUCUUGCAGAGUGUUAUAAUGCAAUGUUUGCGAAUUGCUUCUGUCAAGGCUGGUGCUAUGACAGAAAAGAUCAAGAAGGCGGUUGAUUCAUACAAUACAGAAAGAGCAUUACGGAAGAUCAAGCGCCAUACUUCUGUUCCCAUGGAUGUUGAUGGAGGUGCUUCUAACAUAGGUGUGCAGCAAAACUCUUCUUCUGUUAAUCAUAUGGAGGGAUUAAAGACGAUGUCUGAGGAAGGAGUUGCAAAUCAAAGUGAGGGCGCUGAAGGUGAAACUAAAUUAUCAGACAAAAAACAAACUAAUAAGGGUAAUGAAGAUGCGAAGGAUUUAAUUGGAGGCUCCUCAAUUUGGGAUCCUUACUCAAAGGGUGUUGAUUCAGAUUUUUUAAAAGCUUCUUUAGCUUCACAUGGCAUGAUGCAUGCAGGAAUGUCAAUGCCUAAUAAGAAACCCGAGGACUCAAAAGGUGAGGAAACAAAUCGUGAAGCCAUGCUGGAGGAACCUCCUGAAGAUAUUAAUCCAAUGCUUUCACCCAUUGAGGGAGCUGAAACUGCAGAGCGAACAACUCGAGAGAAAACCUUGAAGGAUGCUGUGAAGCCCAAGAACAAGAGACCCAGGAAAAAGAAGGGCUCCUCUACUGGUCCAAGCUAGAUGGCUUUCUGCUCAUGGCAUAAACGUAGGUGUUGCACUUCUCGAUGGAAUUUGUGGCAGGCAAAACGAGUUGAUCAAGUCUGUGGUUGACUGCAAAGUGAAGCAAGGGGAUACGUAUAUGACAAGUAAGUUGAGAUACUGUAGAUGAUUGUCUACACUCGAAAUUUGGCUUGACUAAAUGCUUGCAAUUCAUUUCAUGCAGCGGAUCAGUGUAUUCGUGUUUUGUUUGCCCUUUGUAGGUUUGUAGUGCAAAUUGUACAUGAGUGAGGUUUACUGGAAUCACUCAAAUUUUGCUGUUGCACACUAGAAAAUGACUGUUACCUUAAUUUAGUUUACGUUUAAGGUUGGUGUGGUUCAUGUGAUUUGGCAGAUCAUAACCAGUUCGAUGUCAAUGGCAUUGAUCGAACUGGUUACGCAACCAUUGUAUUUGCAAACUUUGGACCACUGAUUUCCCUGCACACUGCAAAAAAUUUCGUAUUUAAGGGCACAUUUUCGUAGCUGUA